CGUGUAAGAGGGAUCAUUAGCUGCCGCAGCCCGGCUGGGUCAAGGCUGGGAGGAGGAGAGCCAGCUGCCAGCAGCAGAGCAAGGUGGAGGCACGAAGACAGAAGACCAGGUUAAUGAAAGCAUGAGGUGGCUCUUGGGCAGCAGCUUGAAAAAUUUUGGACACGCUGACAGGGGAAGCUAUGACUGGCUAAACAGUGAACCAGGCGGGCCACUUCUGGAAACAGAGCUUCAGAGCAGACAGCAGACGAGCUCAACCAAAGACGACAUAGAGCCAUUUCUGUGCAUCAUCCUGCCUGCCACCAUGAUGCUCUUCCUGGCAUUCCUGCUGCUCUUCCUGUACCGCCGCUGCCAGCGCCCCGCUCAGCAGGGGCAGAUCUUCAGCAUCGACCUCCCCGAGGCGCUGCCCGAGCACGACGUCUCCAGCUUCCUUUCCGCGCUGCCCUGGGGCGCCGAGCACAGCUUCCACUACUCCACGCUGCUCCCCGACGCCACCUUCCUCUCCGUGUGCUUGCCUCCCUCCUACGAGGAGGCCACCAAGAAGAUUCCCAUGGAAGAGGCUCACAUUGAGCUCUCUCCAGACCCAGUGCCUCCCUACGAAGAGAGCACGCUGCAGACCAAAUAAACUUCCUACGGAAGCACCUUAUCCCAAGCAUGCAGCACAAAGGUAGAACAGCUAUGGCCUUCAAAGUUUGUGAAAAUAUUCCAAAUGAGGAGCUAAACCAAUGAAUUUGUGAAGGAAGAAACUUGAAGUAACAGGGAAUGCAUCUCUUCACCUCAUCCUAGGAUUCUCUACCUUCCAUUUGUGAGGAGUGUACACGUGGUGUGACACCGAAUCCAACCCAGACUGGUGACACUGGGAUUCUAGUUAAUAGACAUGUCAUGCAAGGAUUAAAGUUAAGGAAAGCUGGGAAGCACUUCCUCUGUAAUCCCUCAGCUACAACAAAAUGUCAAUAAGGCUAUAGAUUCAGCAAUCACAAAAAGGGCUUUUAGCACAUGUGUAUUCCAGUUUGGGGGUUUUUUUUCUAUUUUAUGCAUUUAUACUUAAAUGAGUUUUUGACAAGCUGAGCCAGUCUGUGUGUGUUUGCAUCACAUCAUUCUGCAGUGCUCUGGAAUGAUCACAAAAGCUCUCAGGAAAGAAAAUAAAUAUAUAACCUCUACAAAAUUUCCAGUAACUGUCCCCAAAGGUUCAAAUGUGCACUGUGAAUAUAGACUGUCUUUUCUCAGAGUUGAACAAUGAGAACAACCAGAGAAGCCCAGAUUGUUCUGGGUGAGGAAGACUCCAUGCAAGAGCACAUUCACUCGGUUGCUACAAGCUGCUUGCCAAGGUCUGCAAGGUCCCAACAUUCCAGACUACUCAGUUGACUUCUUUUCCAAGUCUAAAAUAAUAAACCAUGUGACUUACUUGGUGCAGUGUGUAAAGGAGUUGAGGAAAAAUUAAUAAAAUCAAGUGCACC